AUGUCUGAAGUCAAGGUUACAACUGAUAUCAUCACAUUGACAAGACAUGUUCUUGAUGAACAGCGUAAAUAUAAAGAUGCAAGUGGUGAUUUGACCACCCUGUUAAAUGCAAUUCAACUUGGUUGUAAAUUUGUAGCCACUAACGUUAGAAAAGCUAGACUUUUAAAUUUAGUUGGACUUGCAGGUGGUGCAACAAAUAUUUCAGGUGAUGAACAAAAAAAAUUAGAUGUGAUUUCCAAUGAGAUUUUUGUUAAUGCACUUUGUUCAUCUGGUAAAGUUGCUGUGAUGGUUUCAGAAGAGGAUGAACAAGCAAUUAUUGUUGAGGAAGGAUUACGUGGAAAAUAUUGUGUUGUUUUUGAUCCACUAGAUGGAUCUUCUAAUAUUGAUGCUGGUGUAAACGUUGGUACAAUUUUUGGCAUUUAUAAAAUGUGUGAAGGAUCUACUGGAAGUAUUUCAGAUGUUCUUAGACCAGGUUCUGACAUGGUUAUUGCUGGUUAUUGUAUGUAUGGUAGUUCUGCUAAUAUGGUCAUUACACUUGGUAACGGAGUUAAUGGUUAUACACUUGAUAAUGCGAUUGGAGAAUUUAUCCUUACUCAUCCUAAUAUCAGAAUUCCAUCUCGUGGAAAGAUAUAUUCAGUAAAUGAGGGAAAUGAAAAAUAUUGGUAUGAACCAUGUAAGAAAUAUUUCAAUUCACUCAAAUAUCCACCAGAAGGUAAAAAUCCUUAUUCAGCUCGUUACAUUGGUUCAAUGGUUGCCGAUGUUCAUCGUACACUGUUAUAUGGUGGAAUUUUUGCAUACCCAGCUGACAAAAAAUCAAAAAAUGGUAAACUUCGUAUCUUGUAUGAAUGUUUUCCAAUGGCCUUUUUAACUGAACAAGCUGGCGGUAAAGCUAUAAAUGGUAAAAAACGAGUGCUUGAUCUUGUACCAGAAUCUAUUCAUUCCAGAUGUCCUAUUUUCUUGGGCAGUAAAGAUGAUAUUGAAGAUAUAGAAAAGUUUUAUGCUGAUUUUAAUGGUGAUUGUUAA